AUUUAGAAAACUACAUUAUGAUAAUCAUUUUUUUUUUUUUUUUUUGUAAUUUGUUUUCUUUUUUUUUUUUUUUUUGGAAAUACAAAUUUUUUUUUUUGUUUUUUUUUUUUUUUUAGAAAAUUACAUUUUAAUAAUAUUUUUUUUUUUUUUUUUUGGUAAGUGAUCUACUAUUUUAAUUUUAUUUAGGAAAUACAAAUUUCUAUGUUGGUUUUAUUUACAAAAAUAAUUAACAAAUUUACCCAAGAUACAUCCCUAUAUUUUUAUAUUUUUUUAUUCAUUAAAAAAAACAUUAAUCCACUCACACACACAAUUAAGUUUAAUUGAAUAACAAGUAAUAAUAUGUAAGACAUACCACUGGUGAGGACAGACACCUCCUUAAUAACUAAAGAACGCUUGAAGGAGUGACCCGAAUGUAUGCAAACACAAAUAACAAUUCAUUCAUACGUUUUUAGCCAUAAUUGACCACUGGAGUUCGGCAAAAGGGUUAAUUUUUUUUAAACAUCAAAUUAACAAUGAUGUAAAAUGUAUGCCAUCACCAUAUUUUGAUCUACACUACCUAUAACUGUGGUGGCUUUCUUUAGAUCAAUAGUGCAUGGAACCUUACAAUUGAAAUUAAAUGCCUUUAGACAUAGCUCUCUUCCCAUAUUUAAAAUUAUGAAACUAAAAGUUAAAAACGUCACAGCAAAAGAAUAGUAAAUCAUGUGUAGCAAAAUAAUUUUUUUUUGUUUACGUGAAAUAUCAAAGGCCAAAAGUUCAAAAAUUUUAUAAAAUUUAUAUGUUUCUAAAAAAUUUCAUAAAAUUAGGUUUCGUUUAGCAUCUGACCAAGUGUACCACUACAAAGCCACCUCGUUAUCAGUGAACACAAUAAUUCAGCUAUAGGAUGCAUCCAAUCUGUCUGUGGGGAUUUCUGGUAAUCUCAUGUUUAGCAGGUGGGUAUAGAGAUUGAAUAUUGGAUUGAAGGCUAAUAAAUCAAUACAAGAUGAGGAGACGCAACAACGUGGUGCCUGGAACACAGGAAGGAGUGCAUACUCUAUAACAGCGUUUCCCAAACUGUUAAGUUUCACGGACCCGUGGACAAGUUUCGAAACUGCACCAGGGACCGGUGCCAGAUUUAUUAAUUACAUUUUUUUUUCUAUUUAAACAUCAAUAUUCCAGCUUUCUGGACCGGUAACUUAAGGCUGGCGGACCGGUGCCGGUCCACCGUUUGGGGAACACUGCUCUAUAAUAAUAAUUUGCUUAAUUUAUCCACCAAUACUAAGUGGUAUUUAUUCUAUAUGCGUUUGUGUUCAUCUGAUACGUAGUACGGAGGAAGCAGGGAAUCUCAUUGAGAUAGCAGCGGCAUUCGUAAUGCGGCGGACAUCAUCAACUCUUUGUAUUAAAAAAUAAAAUUAAUUAAAGACAUUGCCAUAAACCAAUCAUAUAUAAUGUGAUCAAAACAUUUCAGAUCAUUGUGAUCUUAUUCUUCUUUUUUUUCCAACGUCCAAAAGAAAAAAAGAAAUGCGUAGGCCAAAAACAAUUAUUUUCAAGACUUUUGGUCUCUUCUAUAACUCGUUCCAGUCUUUAUUAAAUCAUUUCCGUACUCUCGUUGUCCAGUGUUCUUGGUUUCUCCUUGUCACCUUUGACAGACAGGUAAGAAAACACCUUUGACAGACAGGAAAGAAAACACCUUUGACAGAAAGGAAAGAAAACACAUUUGACAGAGAGUAAAAAAAACAACAACAUUUGACAGACAGGAAAGAAAACACCAUUGACAGAAAGGAAAGAAAACACAUUUGACAGACAGGAAAGAAAACACCUUUGACAGACAGGAAAGAAAACACCUUUGACAGACAGGAAAGAAAACACCUUAAGAUACGAUUCACUAAUCAGAUUGAUACUAAUUAAUCGAGCCCAAAUCCGUUUUCAUUCAUACAUUCCCUCGAUCCUUUUUCCCUGGCAAAAGUGUGUUAAGAAGCGCUGGGCCUCGUCUGGGGUUCCAACCUAAACGAAAUGUUUAGACAUAGCCUUGUAGCACAGACACUAUUGACAAUGGCCAGUCGUUUUUGAACACAACAUUCACAAUCACAAGUCAUUUUUGCACACAGUAUUCACCACGGCCGUUCAUUUUUACACACUGUUUUGUGCGACUCAAAAUCUUGAUAAAUGGUGAAAAAUCAACAUCUAGCAUGGAUACAAGGUUAUGAAUCAUGGAGAAACUAUAACAACCAGAACAAUGCUGAACGCUAGCAAACCGUCAUCAUUUGUGUUAUUAUUUGUGUUGUGCCCGAUUUUUUUGUACAGAAUAUACAAUUAAAAAAAAAACCUGAGCUUUUUCUUGUUUACACACCUUAAUUUACUGUUAAAAUAUUUAAGUUAAAGAAAUAGUCAAAUAUACAAUUGAAUAAGACGAUUUUCUUGUAUAAUAGCUGGCCAUUUUAGUGUUAAGCACGAAGUGCGUGGAGGCAUAAAUUGUUUCUCAAGGAUUAACUCACACUUUUUCUCCACAGUGACCACAGUUCUGUGCCAGGAUGAAGAUGUGGAUGAAAAUUGCUUUGAGAGAAUCGAAGAGUGCAAGAAAGUGGCAUUUGAUGAGGAAGAUGAAUUGUAUUGUUAUAUGUUUUUUUUUCUUGCUUACGUUAGUGUUAGAUAGCAGUUUAAGUUUAAGAAGAGUAGAUGGCUUUUAAACAAGAUUGCAUGAUAUUUGAAAAUGGCGAGAUGGCGACUGAACAAUAUUAUAUGUUAGUUAAGGAAUAUCUGAUGGUUUUUUAAACAAGAGUAGAUGGUGACAGAACAAAACAUAUGUAUUUUAAACAAUAUUUAAUGGGAUUUGAUAUAGAUUAGUUGAUAGUUACGAAAAGAGUAGAUUUUGGUUGAACAGGAUUAAAAUGUAGUAAGAUAAGAAUCGAUUGUGGUUGAACAAAGGCAGAGGGUGAUAAAAACAAGUGUAGAUAUAAGUUAAAUAAGAGUAUACGGAGGUUGAACUAGAUUGGAUGUGAUGUGGACAAUUUUAAAUAGCCGUUAAACAACAUUAGGUCUUGGCUAAACCUGAGCAUUUGGCGAUUGAACUCUUGUGUCUUCCAGAAAAAGGUCCCAAGAGCAGACGAGGUGCUUCUCGAGUUUCAGGUGUAAGCCAGGGGAAGACUCUAAACGAGAGGAACUGAAGAAGAGAGCUUCAGCAAGAGCCGAAGGUUAGUAGAUUCAAACGUUAAUCUUCUUCUACUUCAUGCAAGGGCACGCUUUUAGCAGGUGAUGAUGCGAGUUAUUUCCGUGCAACAGUAUAAACGGUGACGGAAUAAGACCAGCAUCUAUAUCAACAAUGCACAGCAUUUUGAUAAUAAAUCAAGAUGCAAGCGGUAGGCAUGAGAUUAAAGAAGACUUUAAAACACUUUGACAUGGUUGCAACAUACAGUUUUCAUUCUUAUGUAUUUUAGGAAAUAAUUCAUUAUCACCAGAUUUUAAAAUGUACUAAUUAAAAAAAAAACCACCAUAAAAUGACUUGGAACAAUUGUUUUUGUGUCAGUUAAAUUCCAAGAAAAAGAGUCGGAGCUUAGUCAUAAAAUGUCUUUGUAAAAAGGAAAUUGGUUUAAUUUGUCCACUGCUUUACAAUGCUGUGUUAAUCUCGAUUCAUUCUACCUCAGUUUCGUUUCUCUGUCUCCUAACACUAUACCUCUCCUUAUUCAUUUCCAACUUUAUCACAUAAAGCCUAACUCUAAUUGUUCGUUUGAUCGCACAUUUCCCUAACGCUAAAAUUUGCAAUGUUCAUUUAAUGACAUACUCACCUAGAACUUUAUAUCUCAUUGUUCUUUUCAUCCCAUUAUCGUUUAACGUUCCCACGUUGUUUCAUGCUUGUAUCCUAACGCAAUAUUCAGGUCUCUCAUUUCAUCAGUCUAUCUCAUUACGCCUCACAUCCCAUUGUUCAUGUGAUCACUCUUUCUCACAACGCAUCACAUAUACUUUAAUCUUUUUCUCAAAGUUGUAUGCCAUUGCCGUAUCUCAACGCAACUUCUAGCUCUGUCCCCUAUCGCCGCAUCUAACACUCGUCAUCAAUCUUGUCGCCAGAUUUCCUAAGUUCAUUUCAACAUCCGUCCCUCAACGCCAUAAGCCCCAGCUUUCAUAAAUUGUUGCCUAACGUCGUAUCUCCUAUUGUCUAGAAUGAUGUUUCAUUAUGCCCCACUUCACAUUGAGAAUCAGAAUGACUCCCAUCGACAAGCAUCCCAUUGUUCAUCAAAUUUUUUUCCUAAUGCUAGACCACGCUUUUAACUUUUCAUGCACCUGUUACCUAAGGCCAUACCUUUCAUUGUUUAUCACGCUUUCCACCUUACGCUAUAUUUCCCACUGUUCAUCACAAUGUCUCUUACAGCUAAACCUCCAAUUGUCCAUUUUGUCCCACUGCCCCUAAACGAUUGUUCAUGUUCAAACAUUGGCAUCUAGUGCUUUACAUUCCGUUAUCAUCACCACGUUCUCCUGUUGAUCCCCCUUGUCAAUUUCAUCACACUUUCUUCUAAACAAAACAAUCACAUUUGUUAAUUUCAAGACACUUUUUUUUUGUUGCCAUAACUCCAUUUCGACAUUAUGUUGUCUAUUAGUGCCAAAAAACCACCAUUAUUAAAUUUCAUCACAUUGAAUUUUCACGCUACGCUUCAAAUUUUUUAAAAUCAAUUUGUCUCCUUAUGUCACACCUCCCAUUGUUCAUUUCACGACGCUCUCUCUUAACGCCAUACCUGACAUUGUUCAUUUCAUCAGCCUGUCUCCAAAAACCAUAUCUGACAUUGUUCAUUUCAUUAGCCUGUUUCCAGACGCCAUAUCUGACAUUGUUCAUAUCACGACGCACUCUAUUAACGCCCUACCUGACAUUGUUCAUUUCAUCAGCCUAUUUCCAGACGCCAUACCUGGUAUUGUUCAUUUUAUCAGCCUGUUGCCUAGAAUCGUAUCUCACCUUGUUUAUCGUAAUUUUUCUUAACCCCAUAGCUCACAGUGAUUACCACAUUUUCCACUGAUUCAGUACAUCCCAUUUUCAUAACAAUGUGUCCGAAGACCAUACUUCCCAUAUUUUAUUUCACCUGUCUGUGCCUUAACGCUGUACUUAUCAUUGCUCAUUUCAUCAAGCUGGCUGCAAACGCCAUGCAUUGCUUAUCAACGUGUCUCAUAACGGAAUACAUCAUAGGUUUUUAGUUGUUGCUCUUUUUUUUUACCUAGAGUAAUGUAUUUUCUAUGGUUUAUCUAGCUAUGUCUUAAAGCCAUAACUUACAUUGUUCAAGUCGUGAAGGAGAGCAUACAUAAAUACACAACUCCCUCCCCCUAGACUGAUAAUGACGUAUCUCCCAUUGCUCAACAUGCUGUAACAUUUAAUCCUCCUAUCUCGUAACGUCAGACGUUACGUAGUUAAUCACACCAACGCCCCAGAUUCACAACGCUGUCUUCUUAUGCAGCGCCUCACAUUUUUUUUUUCAUUACACUGUCUCCUACCGCCAUACCUCUCAUUGUUCAUCAUGCCGUCUCCUACCACCGUACCUCACAUUUUUCCUUUCUCCACCUCUUAGCACCAUAAAACUCAAUUUUUGUUACUCUUCUUCUACCGCUAUCACUCGUACUGACAUUCACUGCGACCGCUCCCCGAAACCCAAAUCUAACUGAACAAUCUGUUGUUGGCACACAUAUAUUAAAGUUAAUACGUUUAAAAUUGUUGGUAUUUUUUUUUCUCUCUUCAUUUCUGAGAUUAUUAAGUGUCAUAAAAUCCACUUUAUUUUCAUUGUUUAGCUUUUUGGAGUCGCCGAUCAGGAUUUCAGCGACGCAAGAGUGAAAGUAUUGCCCCGGCCAACAAGAUAACCUUUCAGUUCAUGGCUGCCUGCUUGGUUGCAGUACUCUGCGUGACUCACUGCUGAAAGUAGCAUUGGUUACCUUUUUCUUCCCUCCGAUUCUUUCAACUUAUGUUUUCCUAGGCAUGUUGUGGAAGUAGUAAGAUAUACAUCUUACGGCCAAUUCCUUUUUAAUAAUAUUUGAUUAUGUUAAAAAAAUACUAUUUUAUUUUAAACAAGUUUUAAUAGCAUGGAAAUUAGUUAUC